AUGGGUCUAUUUGGUAUGGGUCUAUUUGGUAUGGGUCUAUUUGGUAUGGGUCUAUUUGGUAUGGGUCUAUUUGGUAUGGGUCUAUUUGGUAUGGGUCUAUUUGAUAUGGGUCUAUUUGGUAUGAGUCUAUUUGGUAUGAGUCUAUUUCAUAUGGGUGUAUUUAAUAUGGGUGUAUUUAAUAUGGGUGUAUUUAAUAUUGGUAUAUUUCAGAUGGGUCUGUUUGAGAUAAGUCUAUUUGACAUGGGUCUAUCUGAGAUAUAUUCCGUAUGGGUCUACUUGACAUGGGUCUACUUGACAUGGGUCUACUUGACAUGGGUCUAG